UCCACUCUCCCCUCUCAGCCUCUCUUCCUUCCGCGGAGGGGAGACCUCUGAGAACUGAGAGCCAGGAAGAAGGCGAGUGGCGUCAUCGUCAAUCAAGCGAGCCAUCAACCAACUGCCCCUCUUCCUACCCAAACUGCCCUCCUCCUCCACUUCAGCCGGCGCAGACCGCAGGGGGCCCAGCACCCGGAGGUGCUUAUCUAAUUUCUCGCGUCCGGCUUCGGCAGCACCGGCGGGAGGUUUGGGGGCGGCGGCGGGGAGGUAGGAAACAGCGAUCUUGGCGUCGUCCGAGCUGUCAGGAGCAGGAUUGAAGGGCUACAUAGAGUUGGGCACAAGUGACCUGAUCGCCUGAAAUGGAGUUGGUGGUUAAGCGGUACCGCUGUACACACUCUGCGACCUGUGUUUGCCUCAAGGGCCACAUCAGUGAGGAUGCAAUGUAUCUCGUGUUUGAACACAUGAAAUGGAACCCGAAGAUGAUUGCUAUCUUCUCCAGCGUAUGUAAAUGGUUUGAUGAAUUUGCGAAGAGGGUGCUCUGGAAGGAAUUCUGCCAUGCCAGGGCACCAAAGAUGAUGACGGAUUUGCACUCUGAUGGAAGCCAUAUUGUUGAUGGCAACUGGAAGGCCCUAGGGAAGCUUCUUAUCUAUUGCUCUGCGUGCCCUAGGGGAGACCUGUUCAGUAACAUCCAUGUCCCAAUCCCAGGGCACUUUGUCUACAGGACCCGUUUUUCUAGGACGUUGGGGAAGAGCUUAGUGCCGCCACAGUGCAAGUCAGAUGUUUUGUAUGUCUCGGAUUCUUGUGAACAUCUUGACCAGGGCGAGGAAGGUGACUUGGGCCUCUUCCGGGGUAUCUUCAAGUCGUUUGCUGGGUCGAAUAUGAAGAAGAUGUUGAUUGAGAGGCAGGCAACAUUCCAUCCGAAUGAGGUGUGUCCUUAUUGUAAAACAAAGCUAUGGCACCUGAUGCAACCAAAUAUGAUACCAAGCAGUGCUUCCGUGAGGUUGGAUGCGGAUGAUGAUUCUGUUGAGUACUAUGUGUGCCUUAAUGGGCACAUCAUUGGUUCAUGCACUCUGAUGCCCUACUCAGAUUCUGAGGAUACAAAGGAAGAGUGAUCAAGACUUGGAUCAGGUUUGCUGUGCCGAAUCCCAUGCUUUUGGCUAGGGCGUAAUGAGUAGCGACAAAGGACAUGGCCCAUUGUCGCCAUGGUAUUUAACUGCAGUGCCACUGGUGUUCUCCUAGUUGCUUUGUAGUAGUAGAAAAGGAAGAGGUAGCUGUGUGGUGUUUGCUUUAUUUAUGAAUGAAUACCCCAUUACAGGUAGCUUUGCAAUGCACCUACAUGUUGUUACCGGUAUUUGUUCAGGCAUAUGGCUAGAAAUGUACAGUUUUCUGCUUGUGUUCAAUACAGCCUGUGUUGCUCUGAACAUGUGAUUGUGCUCAAAUUGACAUCACAUACAGAGGCCUGUUGUAGUAGACCAUUGUGUUGCAACGUGCGCCCAGCUUGAGGUCGCAGCACCAGCAUGGAACAGAGAUAGCUGCUGCUUGAAAGUAUGGCCGUGCGCCCGUGCCUGUGUGUAGCUUGCAAGUGACCUUCAGGUUUCAGCUGUACAUGUUUUGCUUGUAUCCGACCGAUACAGCCUGUUGUACCCUGGCCAGUACAGGCCGAAUUAGUCCAGCGUAAUGAGACCAAAUAUGAAUA